AUGCACCGAACAUCUCCCACUGAAGUUCCCUCCCCUGAAGUCUUUCCGGGAAUCCGUGUAUCCACGGCCAACACGGACGAAGCAGUUCUCUCAGCACUGCCCCAGGGAGCGGGAGACCCUGGCAAUGUCACAAACGGCAUGAAAUACAUGGUCCCUAGGAGGAGGCUCAGCUCUAAUGGUGGUGCCGAUGUCCGAGGUGUUAUCAAGUACCUCCCGCGCAAGGAAUCGAUUAUUUCUGAGCUGCAAACAUUCGACAUCCUGGAUAUGCCACAUGACAGGUUCAACCAUCCAGUCAUGAUUCUGUCAAAGGGAUGGGAAGAAGAUACGGAAGUUGUCCGUGUUUGUCUGGUAGGUCGCUCCCGUUUCUCCUCGGACUGA